CAUUUCCCAGCAGCCCUUGCGCUGCUCUGGGCGCAUGCGCCCGGCCGGGGCGGAGCGCGGAGAUGCAGGUGGUGCGCGGAGCCAUGGCCAACUUCCGCCUGGCACUGAUUCAGCUUCAUGUAUCUGCUGUUAAGUCAGAUAACCUUCAGCGAGCCUGUGGGCUGAUAAGGGAAGCAUCAGCCAAAGGAGCAAAAGUUGUGGCUCUGCCCGAAUGCUUUAAUUCUCCUUAUGGAACCCAAAACUUCAAGGAAUAUGCAGAGAAGAUCCCUGGAGAAUCGACACAGAAGCUCUCAGAAGUUGCAAAGGAGUGCAGCAUCUAUCUUGUUGGAGGAUCCAUUCCAGAAGAGGAUGGUGGAAAGCUGUAUAAUACUUGUGCUGUCUUUGGUCCUGAUGGUGCUAUAGUGGCAAAGCACAGGAAGAUUCAUUUGUUUGACAUUAAUGUUCCUGGGAAGAUACAGUUCAAGGAGUCUGAAACACUGAGUCCAGGGGAUAGUUUCUCCAUGUUUGAUACUCCAUACUGUAAAGUGGGCCUGGGCAUCUGCUAUGACAUCAGAUUUGCUGAGCUGGCUCAAAUCUACGGACAGAAAGGUUGUCAGCUGCUGAUAUAUCCAGGGGCUUUUAAUAUGACAACGGGACCAGCUCAUUGGGAAUUGCUACAAAGGGGCCGAGCUGUGGAUAAUCAAGUCUACGUAGCUACUGUAUCUCCUGCUAGAGAUGAAAAAGCAUCCUACGUUGCCUGGGGACACAGCACCGUAGUAAAUCCAUGGGGUGAAGUCAUAGCCAAAGCUGGGGCUGAGGAAACAGUUAUCUACUCAGAUAUCGAUUUGAAGAAACUUGCAGAAAUCCGUCAACAAAUUCCCAUUUUAAGCCAGAAGCGUCAUGAUCUCUACAGCAUAGAGAUGAAAAAGUGAAGCUGGGUGAACAGGAAAGGUUCUAAUAGCACAGUAGCUGCUGCUUCCAUCUUCAGGAUUCCCUUACUGGUUGCUCCACAGGCUACCGUGAUAACUGAUUAGGAGCAAAAUGACUUACUGGUAUAAUUCUAAAAUUGACUGAAGUACAACUUUAAUUUACAGUAUUAAACAGCUAGGAUGAAGCUGGAGGUGAAAUCAACUAAGUAGCAGUUAAUCUUUUUAGUCAUUACUGCAUUUAGAUACUUUUGUUUUGCUCUUAAGUUUCUGAGGUUUUGUUUUAGGAUGUAGAGAGGUGGGAAUUAUGUUCUCUCUGGAAAUCCUCUGAAGUCAGCUUUAGUAUUAUGAACUUUUCUCUGAAUUACCAGGGGCUCUACACGUAUGACUUCCACAUCAGUACCUAAAUGACUCUGAGUUUCUUAAAUGCCCAACUUCAAACCAGGCAAGCUUAAAGUUUAAUACAUUAAGCAAAAUAGGCCAAAUUCCACUCGGAACUACUUAAAGACAAUGUGAUUAGCAGUCAAACAGAAUCAUUACUAUGCAAGAAUCUGUUAACAGAUCCUGGCUGGAAUAUCUGUAUUAAAUUCUUAAUACAAUUCCUGCUUAUUGCUGAA